AGAGGCACAGGCAGGCUCACUGAGUAUGCUGUGUGAAUUGUGAGUGAUGUGACUAGUGUCAAGUGUGAAAUGUGUUAUGUAUACCGUAGUAGUUAGUAUGGUCAUUCAUUAGUUGCGGGUUGCGGCCGUGAACACUUUUGAUAGUUUAGGUCAAUAUUAAAAUAUGUAAAAAGUUCCCCAUAGCGACUGCCGGCAUCUAUUACUUCCGCUGAGGAUUUCUUAAUGAAAGUGGUAAACUAUUGCUGACAUGUGAUGUGCAAAAUAUGUAAUGAGUUUGAUUAAUAUGAAAUUUUAUUAAAACGAAAACAGUGUUAUGUCGUUUAUAAAACUUGUAUUCAAUACUUAAACGUGUUUGUAAAAUGGUUUCGAGUGGCGAUAAGGAAUGGAAGUCUAAAUUUGAGUUUCCAAUCAAUUAUGAUUCUGGCCAAAGUUCAGAUGAUGAUUUAAACUCCAAGGAUGUAGUGAUGCGCCAUCCCCGGUCCUCGCGCUUUCUUCUGGAGGAAUGUGGGGAUGGGUCUGAAGCUGAUCUCUUAGGGAGCACGCCUCCCCGGUCCAGGAUCCGAGAUAAGGAGAAGCGUAGAAAUAUGAUAGAUUCUAGUUUGAGUUACAACAAUAUGACAGAUGGGAAGUCGGUUGACAGUUUCCCUGCAACUCAGCCGACGCCACCAGAGCGUUUAAAGAAACGAGCCAGCAUGAAAUUCAUUCGCGCCAAAGAGAGGGACUGGAAGCAAGAGUUUGGGCAGAUGGAGAUGAAGGCAGAUUCCCUGCCUUCUCCCGGCGUUAUGACUUCUGUUCCAACUUUGAAGGUGGAAUCAUGCAGUCGUUUCAUGUCCCUCGUGUCGCGGCCGAAGUGUCGGCAACCGGAAGAGGAAAUAAGGGGGUGUUGUGAUGACGAAGUGCCCGCGAGUCGCAUCAACUUCCACGACACAUUUAGUAUGCUCAUCAAUAUGGGGAAUAUGGAGAAAGGAUGCCGGAGAACUAUAAGUCGUGAAGAGCAAGUAUGGCAGAAUGAGUUAAAGGACCUCAUAUGGCUGGAGUUGCAGGCCAAGAUCUCUGGACGGACCCUGGAGCAACAGGACGAUUUCCUUUGCGCUCAGAGAAAAGUUAUACCCAAUAUUGUACAACGGAUUUUGGACUAUAAAUUUGUAACUUCAAAACCAGUUUGUAGAUCUGGCACGAGAUUGCAACCGACCCAAGAGUGCUCCAAUGAAGAGUUGUCUUCGGAUUGUUGCAACGAUGGAGCUAAUCAUGAAGAUAUACAAAUCCAACUGGGUUGUCUCAGUAUAGACUGCACAUUAUGCUCGGACGUGAUAGGAGAAGCGAUGCGUGAAGUUGGUGGUAUUUUGGACGCAUUUGACAAUGCUGUUGCGUUGUACCCGUCUUCUACAGCUGCCAAGCACGAUCACCCGGCUCUUGCGUCACCAGAACUUAAUGAUAGAAUUAGGGCUAUGUGUCUUUGGUACAACACGGCCCUUCACAUGCGGCUAAAGUUGUUAUCAGUACGUCGUUUGCUACGUAUUGUACGUACACGGAAUCGUCGAAGAGAAAUGCAACACAAACCGUCCGUUGAUUCUACUAGUAGCAGAUCUUCAGAUGCCCACUCGGGUCAAGUGCGUUUCAAUGUAACCACUCCGAGUGGUUCCAAUAGCAGCGCAUCGAGCGGACAGUCGAAUGAUGAUAAAAAGUCCGGAUCGGAGGACCAGGAUAAAGAGCAAAAACCUUUGGAUAACGAAUCUCUUAAACAGGAAGAUGGUACAAUCGACAGCGGAUAUAGUAGAUCUGAUCGAACAGGUGACGCAACUCCCGAGAUUGUAUUGGAUACGUACAACAUGAACGAUUCUGAAGAUUACGCUUCCGUCGAACAAGAAUGUUUACGCGGAGAUGCCUUCUACAUCGGGCCUCUGGAUGACUUAACACAAAUGAGAUUGCUCGACCGACAGCAGGUCUCUGUUUUUCGCGACUAUCAUUACGACAUGCUGAAAACGGCGGGAGUCCGACGUUGUAUGAUGUUUAUGAAUAAGAUUUGGAGUAGUAUUCUUCACAAGGUCUACCAUGUGCUGCAGGAACCACAGCAAAUAGAUGCGUCCAUGGAAGAGGAAUCAGAAAUCGACUCCACCAAAGAUGACAAAGAGACAAAUGCAAAAAAUAUAUAUGUAUUGAAAAGAUAUGGUUGCUGGAGCCCCGAGAGCAUUUCAAUGCAACUGCCUUCCUUCCGAAACCACUACCUUCUGCUGAACUGCAUCUGCAUGGAGGCCCUCCACGACUAUCUUGCCCUGCGAGUUGACUCGCGUCCCGAUCAACCGUCAUGUCUUACUAUCAAACAGUUAAUCCACGAAUUGAAAGAAGGGUUAGAUAUAGCGGCCGAAACGCGCGCCUCCUUCGCCCGGAACGUGGAAGCCGCGUUGCGGGGUUGGUCCAUAGCGCCCACCACGAGGCAGGACCUCCUCAUGGUGCUGAAGACGUAUGACGCCACGGUGGAUACUUGCACGCAGCUGUACCUGUCAUAUCUCCGUACGAUGUCGCUUCAAGAGUCAAUGAGUCGCGCUGCGCUCUCCGCCGAAUGGGCCUUCGCCAUCCGAUUGGCUGCGCGUGCGCCGCCUGCGAGGAAACUAGCGCCACCUGCUUUCGCGGAUAUCGCGUGUAAUCAAUUGGAUAGGAUUCUGAAACAGUACCAGGAGAAAUUUAAUAAAUUAAAGGAAAUUGAACUUGAAAAUGAAAGUACCGAAGGUGACGCUCAGAGGUACGUCGUAUACCUUCUCUGUCGCGAGGCCCAAACGAUCUAUACGGGAUCUCGAGAAAGCGCACUUCAGGCCGCGCAAUGGGCGCGCGCACUCGCAAACCGACUGCCUCCACAUCACGCACGAUAUAAGGCGCAAAUAUUUAACAGCCUGAUGGCCCUUCGUAAUUGUCUGGUGGAACAUACUAAACAUAUAUUAGAGCGAAGUCGGCUUCCCGCGAGUGACCCCAACAUUUCCACUGAAUCAUGGGAAUAUCUCAAUGCGAGAGUACGAGAAUUGCUGCUGCAAAUCUACAAAUUGGGAUUUGAGUUGCACAUGGAAAUGCACAACUUCGCUCAAGCGCCAUUCAAACUUCGGCGCGAAAUGCGCGCGCGGCGACUUCGACCGUCUUCCUUGCAGCCUUCAAGAGUGGAAAAUCCAGUUCUGAGACGAAAACGUCCCGAGACAGUUCUCAUUCACGAAUCUUUCAAUCCUAUGCUGCACAAAGAGUUGCAUAGGUUCGUGAGCGACGCGCCGACUUGUCGUCCGAUCGGACGUCCGGCUGCUCCUACGCGUCGAGUCCGGCUCAUGAGGUCUGAGAGUAUCGGCGAAGAGGGGGAAGGAAGCGUAUUAGAUGACAUAUGCUUGAAGGAUAUCGUCCAAGGCAAUAUAGAAUCGCUCCUUUCGGGUUCUGAGGCUCCCAGAACAACGGAUCGAAUGGAACGCUGUGAAGAGCCCACGGCGGAGGAAGCGGAAUGGGCGAAGCAGAUAGCGCGCGCCGUCAUCGAAUUCGCCAGAUGCUGGAUGAUGUUCGUCGUUGAGAGAUGCGACCGCGGAAGAGGGUUGAGGCCUAGGUGGGCUAGUCAAGGUUUAGAGUUCCUAAUGCUUGCUUGUGAUCCUUAUAACACGAAGCAUUUGACUGACGAAGAGUUUGAGGAUCUGAAGCAACUGAUGGAUGGGUGCAUAUCCCACGUGAUCGGUUCCCGUCCAACGACUUUUCCUUCGUUAUCGCCGACGCCACCUCACAGACAUAGACUGCGAUUACAUAGUCCCAUACCAAAUUCUAGUCACAAUAACAAAGAGGCCCAAUCCCCACCCGGGGAACAGGACACAUCACCACCUGUCUUCGCUACUCCCGAAACGCUAGCUUACAGCAAAAGAGUUCGAAACGCAGUUCAACAUUUAGACGAGGCUCGGGAUCAGAAGCUUCGAGAAGAUAAACGCGUCGGACGCGUUUUAGGAGCGUCCGUCCAGUGCUACGAGCCGAAAUUACGACAGCUCACGUUCAAAUGGCAGAGGGGUUUGAAGAUCGGUGCUGGCACAUUUGGAAAGGUAUACACAGUAGUAAACACGGAGAGCGGUCAGGUGUUAGCGAUGAAGGAGUUAAGUAUAGGCGCAGGAGACCGACGUGCGCUGCAACGAGCUGCGAACGAACUGCGCGUACUCGAGGGCGUUGUACAUCCCCACCUUGUCAGAUAUUAUGGCUGUGAAUUACAUCGGGAGGAAAUGCUGUUAUUCAUGGAACUCUGCGUGGAGGGAUCUCUGGAGGCGUUGAUAGCGACAAGCGGCGCGUUGGCCGAACACACAACGAGAAGAUACACAAAGCAACUGUUGUGCGCUGUCAACGAGCUGCACGCGCGGUCUAUAGCGCAUCGAGAUAUUAAAAGUGGCAAUAUAUUUCUUACAAACGAAGGUCAUUGCUUGAAGCUGGGUGAUUUCGGUUGUGCGGUAAAGAUCCGAGCUAACACCACUGCGCCGGGGGAACUACAAGGAUUCGUCGGCACACAAGCAUAUAUGGCUCCAGAAGUAUUCAUGAAGUCGUCGGGCCACGGACGAGCUGCCGACGUAUGGUCUUUGGGAUGCGUAGUCACCGAAAUGGCUUCUGGGAAGCGUCCGUUCUCCGAAUACGACAGCAACUACCAGAUUAUGUUCGUGGUGGGAAUGGGUGGAAGGCCACACAUCCCUGACUCUCUUUCCAAAGAAGGGCAGGACUUUUGUAUGGCCUGUCUCACUCAUGACCCCGAGAACAGACCGCGCGCUGAAGAACUUAAUUUGCAUCACUUCUUGAUGGUAAAAUCCGACGAUGACUGUACCUGCGAAACAGCACGACUCAUGAGAUGAAAACAAUUACUUAAUUAUUUAUAAACAAAAUUUAAUUAAUAAAAUACACGUAUUCCAACCUUUACUUAAGUUGACUGUUGUCUGUGAUUGAAGAAUUGUUAAAAGUUAGUUUUUUUAUAGGUAAAAGGUUCUUCGUUUCGAGGCGUUUUUGGAAGACCAAAAACGCCUCUAAACGAAGAAAGUCUUCAAAAUUAAAUUCACGUUAACAAAAUGAGUGUUACGGAAAUAUUUGCUAUACGUUACGUACGCGAAUACGUUUGCGUACGCUUGACCGGGCGAGCGCGCACUACCCGGGCGCAGUGACGUCAAACUCCGGAAAUAACGAACCAGAGGUGGAAAGUAACGAAAAAAACUACUGUCCUAUUUACGAAUGUAGAAGUCUCUUAACUCGUUCUAGACUUUCUGAUCAGAUUAGCCUCGUGUCACUACGACUCUGGGCCGAUAUGAAUGUGAGAUAAAUCUACGUAAUUAGAAAGGUGAAUAUGAUCUAUACUCUGAUUUUUAAUUCUCUGGAAUUCUGACAUCUCAUAAGUGUUACUACUUAAAAAUGUUUUCCACUGAAAAAAGGGAAAAAACCACUCAUUUGAGGGUAAUUAAAAAUGAAAUGCUACGUAUUUUUUGUUUUACCUACAAAAAGGUAAAUCUAAAAAAUAAGGUAAAACAAAAAAUACGUAGCAUUUCAUUUUUUACUUUUUACUUUUUUUUAAUUCAACGGAAUUUAAAAUCAGAGUAUAGCGUUUUCCCCUUAUAAGGUAUAAAAUCUGUAACUAUACUUUGUCUCUUUCUGUCACAUUCUGUCUAAGAUGUGAUGAAAAGAGACAUGAGUACUUUUAUCGGAGUUAUAUUAUUUUAUACUAUAUAGAAUAAAUCAAAUUAUAUAAUAAUUUUAUUAGAAUUGGGUUUUGUGUAUAUACAUAUGAGAGUUUAAUGUUUUUUUAUGUAUACGGACGUCCGGCGUCUAUAAGCCGUUUUAAGGUAGCUAUCAAUGUCUGGAACAAAUCCUUUGAUCAAACUAUGGGGGAGGGUCUUCCAAAUGUGGACUAUGAGCCAAAUAGAUGAAAUGUUUAUGUAAUAUGUAAUAAAUUAUAUGAAAUAAAUAUAAUGUUAUUUUUAA